CAGAUGUGAUCUUCCCUCCCAUAAUGCUUUCGUCGUUUUCCCAUCGUCCCUUGCUUUCAGCUCUCUGAACUAGUCAAGAUGGCGGACAGACCAGUUCCCAUUGUUGAGAAGCGACUGAUGGACGUGAAGCUUGGUGAACUGGGGACCUGGCUUGGAGGCCGAGACUUCACUCCUAAUGGAAUUAUUGCAUCCCUCCGAAGAGGCCACGACAGAUACUACAACAAGUACAUCAAUGUAAAGAAAGGAGGCAUUGGUGGCGUGGCGAUUCUGCUUGUUGGAUAUAUAGCCCUCAGCUAUACGUGGGAAUAUGAUCACCUCAAACAUGACCGCUGGAGAAAGUACCAUUGAUCUGCCAAUAGAUUCUCAAGGGUUGCAGAAUCGUCACCUGCUUUCACCUCUGUUCUGAUUAAUCUGUAAUUGUUGUGACCAAUAAAUAUUAAAUGAUA